CUUAUUCCAUCUAAGAUCAAAUCAGGUUCAUUGGUGUGACUCUUACUAAAACUUAGAUGACAUUUUACAAGUUGAGUUAGACGGAAGGGAACCGCUUUUGUGAUUGCACCGGUGUCUUCAUGUUAAACUGUCACUCAGUAUGCGUGUGCUUGAGCACUGAUGGCUAUGUAGGCAAUUAAAGGCUCAUUAUUAUGAUUUACAUGGUUUAUUAAUAAAAGUGUGAUUAGUCGACUAAUCACUUAAAAUGAACAACUACUAGUCGACCAGAAAAUUCUUUAGUCGAGGGCAGCCCUACUUAUUUCAAAUGCAAGUGUUAGCCAAUCAUAGCAGUGCGUCUCUUUCAGCAGACACGCCUCUUCAAACACUGACUAUUCAGAAACCUCAUAAAUACUGAUCAUGAUGACAGGAAGAUUCUCUUCACACUGAGAGUUUCAUUUGAAUAUUAUUAUGAAAGCUCUGUUGUCGUGCAUUCAUACACUUUUUUUUUUUUUUUUUUUUUUAAUCAUUCUUAAAUCAUGUUUUACUUUUUUAUUCUUUGCAUGUAGUUUCGUUUGGGUUGUUCCUGUGUUGGCAUGGGGCCAGUCACUAAAAUAGACUUUAAAAAGAGGAAGGAAAAAAAAUUGCAGAAACAGCAGAAGAAAGUUUUCAGCUCGCAUUUGCAGUUCACUCUCCUGGAGUCUGUUUGCUGUGUCUGAAACUACAACACGUUUUCUGCAGUGAUGUCACAGAUACCGGCUCCUUCUCUUCUUCUGGUUUUUAUGCUCAUGAUUUCAGGAGUUUGUAGCCAGUGGAGUGAUUGGAGUGUGAGUUACAGUCCUUCACACAUCUGUGCACUAAAGGACUCAUCAGUGUUAAUGAGAUGCACUUAUUCAUACCCUGCUGGAUAUCAGAUCAGGAAAGUGUUCUGGACCAAAACAAAUAUUAAGGAGAAAAAUGAUGAGUAUCCAGAUCUGUCUGUGGACCCUGAAUACAGACAGAGGCUUCAGUAUCUGGGAGAUAAACAGCAGAACUGCACCAUCAGACUGAGUCAUGUGACACUGAAGGAUUCACGCAUGUACUAUUUCAGAUUCACCACUUAUAAUCUUGAUGGUAAAUGGAUUGGUAAACCAGGAGUGACUCUUACUGUCACAGAUCUUCAGGUGGAGUCUCCUGAGAGAGUGACAGAGGGAGAUUCAGUCCGUCUGACAUGUAAAAGCAGCUGUAAUCUGACUGACAGAGCAACAUUCAUCUGGUACAGAAACUCACAGCUAGUAACUACAGGAAUCACUGGAAACCAGCUCAACCUCGGGCGAAUUUACAGAGAAGAUACAAGCAGAUAUAGCUGUGGUGUAUAUGGGCACAGUUACAGAUCUCUAGCUGUUCAACUCAAUAUCAGAUAUCCUCCAGAGAAUCCAGUGAUCUCCAUCAGUCCAUCUGGUGAAAUAAUGGAGGGAGAUUCAGUGACUCUGAGCUGCAGCAGUGAUUCAAACCCUCCUGCUCUGAACUUCAGCUGGUUUAAAGGAGGAAUGUUUGUAGGAUCUGGAAGAAUCUACAGAAUCUCAAAGAUCAGCUCUGAUGACAGUGGAGAAUACAAGUGCAGAUCCAGAAAUAAACAUGGAGAUAAAUAUUCCUCUGUGACUUUAAAUGUCAUGUAUCCUCCAAAGAGCGUCUCAGUGUCCAUCAGUCCAUCUGGUGAAAUAGUGUCAGGAGAUUCAGUGACUCUGAUCUGCAGCAGUGAUUCAAACCCUCCUGCUCUGAACUUCAGCUGGUUUAAAGGAAGAACGAUUGUAGGAUCUGGAAGAAUCUACAACAUCUCAAAGAUCAGCUCUGAUGACAGUGGAGAAUACAAGUGCAAGUCCAGAAACAAACAUGGAGAGAAAUACUCUGCUGUGACUUUAAACGUCAUGUACUCUCCCAGGAACGUCUCAGUGAUGAUAAAUGGAUCUGGUGAAAUAGUGUCAGGAGAUUCAGUGACUCUGAUCUGCAGCAGUGAUUCAAACCCUCCUGCUCUGAACUUCAGCUGGUUUAAGGAGAAUGAAAGCUCAGCUGUUGGAUCUGGACAGAGUUUCAGUGCACUACAGAGUGGACGCUUCUACUGUCAGGCUCACAAUCAACAUGGAUCUCAGAGAUCAGACGCUGUGACUGUCACAGUUCAUCAUCGUCUCGGUUGGCAUGUCUGGUUGGGGAUCUCAGUGGCAUGUGUAGGAUUCUUCAUCAUCAUCAUCAUUCUGUUUAUAAUGAGAAAACGAAGAGAUGCAAAAACUGAAGACCUCACAGUGAAACAGGACAAUCUGUACUCUGACGUAACAGGGAGAGACGUUCAUGUUUCUGAAUCAGCUGAUUUUGACGAUGCUCAGUACGCCACUGUUGCUUUCAGCAAACCCAGAAGAGACAGAAACACUUCUGAUCACAGAGAUACUGAGGAGAUCCAGUACGCAACUGUACAACAUCACAAAAACAAACAGACCAGGAGAUCAGAGGAGAACGAAAGCCAGUACGACAAUAUCAGGAUUCACCAGCCUGAAUCUGCUGUGAGGCGAUCAAAUGUUGAAUCUGUGGAAGAGGAUUCUGUGAUCUACAGCCAUGUCAAAUGAUGAUAAUAGAGACCAUCAUGAAGACAAAGGCCGAAACAAAUAAUAAUUAAUGUUCUGAAAGUAGGCCUGUCAAUUCAUCAUGCUCAGUUAUUUAUUCAUUAUUCAGGUAAAUAGAUGACAGGAAUGCAGUGAAUAUGAUCUUUUAAAAGAUGAAGAAUACAAAGGAAAGAGCCAAGAACCCACAACACAGUGUUUGAUGAGACUAAAUGAGGCUGGUAAUUUGAUUUAAACUUUUGAUUUCAAAUGUUUUCUGUGACCAAAUAAAAAAUCCACAUCAGUUUUACCAAAUUCAAGCUUGAGAGUGGUUAUUUCUGUGCAAGUGUGUUAAAAAAAUGUUGGUUUAAUGAAAAUACUAACGUUUUACAGAGCCCCUAAAGGGACAUGUGCUUUUGCUUUCAAUGCUUUUGUGUUCUCUCUUUCCUGGGAAAUUUUUGUAAGCAGAUGUAAAAACUUUGAAAUAUAAUGUUUCCUCCCAUCUCAUUCUUUUUUCAAUCAACAUGUCCUUUUAGGUGCUUUGUAUUAAGCAACAUUAGCUGAGAAUUUGAUCGGUGACGUAUAUUGAGACACUGUCUGUGUGUUCUUCAUUAUGGGCUGGUGCUUAUGUGUGGGUCAGCUGAUUCUGGAUGAAGUCAUUUCCUGUCCCACCCACCUCUACUGCCCACCACUUCAUGAUGCUAUUCUUUCCACCAAUAAACUAAAGGCAAAAAAAAAAAAAAAAAAAUCUCUCUAGAAUUACAAAAUA